CUUUUCCUAUUUUCAUCCCAAGCUCAUUUUCUUCCGACAUAAAUUGCCAAGAAAAUGAAAGAGAUAAAGCAGAGAUUAGAAGAAAUUGCUGUGGAAAGGAUCAAGUUUCAUUUGCGUGACUGUUACUGAGAGGCAAAAACAGACAUGAAAUGGCGCUGUACCACCUUAAACAUUACCAGACCUCAAGUCUAUGGAAGAGAAGAAGAUAAAGAAAAGAUUGUAGAGUUUUUGUUGGCCAUGCAUCAAAUUCUGAUGACGUGUCAAUCUAUCCCAUCGUAGGCAUAGGUGGUCUUGGAAAGACUGCACUUGCCCAACUUGUCUUCAAUGAUAAGAGGUUGGUUAAUCAUUUUGAGCUAAGUAUCUGGGUGCGUGCUCCAAGAGAUUUCAGUUUGAACAGAAUCUCAAAAGCUAUAAUAGAAUCAGCAUCUAGGCGGAACUAUGAAGAUUCAGAUCCAAAGGCACUGGAGAGACGCCUUCAAGAUAUGCUUCGAGGAAGGAGGUAUUUGCUUGUUCUGGGUAAUGUAUGCAAUGAGGACAAAGAGAAAUGGGAUAGGUUCAAAUAUAUAUUGUCUUGUGGGUCAAAGGGUGCUUCAAUUUUGGUCAGUGCUCAUCUUACAAAGAUUACAAGCAUCAUUAGAACAAUGCCUCCUCAUCAGUUAUCAAUGUUAUUUGAAGAUGAUUGUUGGAAGAUGUUUAAACGACAAGCUUUUGGACCAGACAAGGAGAAACUUUCAGCGUUUGUGGCCAUAGGAAAGGAGAUAGUGAAGAAGUGCAAGGGAGUGCCUCUUGCAAUUGAGGCCCUAGGAAGCUUGGUGCGCUUUAAAAAUGAGGAAAAGGACUGGCUCUAUGUUUUGGAAAGCAAGCUUUGGAGUUCACCACUAGACGAUAAUACUAUCAUGCCUGCAUUAAAAAUAAGCUAUUUGAGCUUACCUGUAAAGUUGAAACAAUGUUUUGCCUUAUUUGCAUUAUUCCCCAAGGAUGAAGUAAUAAGUAAGCAACUUGUAAUUGGACUUUGGAUGGCUAAUGGCUUCAUGUCUUCAAAUGAGAUGUUAGAAGUGGAAGACGUUGCUAAUGAGGCCUUGAAUGAAUUGUAGUCAAGAUCUUUCUUCCAACAUGUCGAGAUGGAUAAAUUUGGCAACAUUACAAGGUUCAAGAUACAUGAUCUUGUUCAUGAUCUCGCCCAGUCUAUCAUGGAAGAGGAAUGCCACUGCAUUAAAGAUGAUGCUGGUGCAACUAAUUUAUCUGUGAGAACCCGCCAUCUUUCAUUUUAUGGCUCUGAGGGAUUUUUUGGGCGUGAUUCAAUCCAUCUGCAACAAGUCAAAUCCUCAAAGACAUAUUUCACAGGAAUCCAGUAUGAUGAUCAUUUGACACUUAAUGAUUUGCUGAAAUGUCAUUCUUUGAGGGUGCUCUCACUCAUGAGCCAAGGAAUGUUGUCAUCUUCAAUUGGCCACCUUAAACAUUUAAGAUCAUUAUUCAUCUUGGCCCCUGAGAUGGGUGAGCUAACUUCCUUACGGACAUUAAAUAUAUACAUUGUUCUUGAUAAAAAAGGGUUCCUUUUGGAAGAAUUAGGAAGCUUGAAUCUCAAGGGGGAGCUCUACAUCAAGCACCUGGAGAGGGUAACAAGUGUGAUGGAUGCCAAAGAAGCAAAUCUAGCAGCCAAGAACUUGAACGAUUUCGGGUUAUCAUGGGAAAGAAAUGAAGGAUCACGGUCACAGAAAAAUGUGGAGCAAAUUCUUGAAGAGCUCCAACCCCAUGCACAGCUUAAAACUUUGAUAGUGACAGGAUAUAUGGGUGUUCAAUUCCCAAAAUGAACGGCCAGUCCUACCUUCAAAGAUUUAUACCAUAUAGAACUUGUUGGCUGCAAAAGCUGUUUAUGCACUCCACCACUGGGGAAACUUCCCUCUCUGAGGAAACUAGGGUUAGAAUCAUUGAACUAUGUGCAAUACAUAGAUGAUGACCUAUGAUGAUGGAGUUGCAAGUGGUUUCGAAGCCUUGUAGUAUCUAAGAGUUGGAAGUUUACCAAACCUCAUAAAAUUAUCUAAAGAGGAUGUCGAAAAUAGUUUCCCAUGUCUUUCCACUCUGGAAAUCUCUAGAUGUCCUAAAUUGGAAUCCUUACCCUACCUUGGAUCUGUAGCUUUUCUAAGAAUUACAGAGGAACACAACCAAUCUUUAUUUAGCUCAAUUUAUAAUCUUCCCAGUCUUCAAACACUUUGGCUUCUUUAUAAUAAUACAUUGACUACUUUCCCAGAUGGGAUGCUCGGAGGCCUUGCUUGCCUCAAGGAACUCCAUACUUUGAACUACACCAAACUCGAAGCACUUCCAAAGGAAGUCAUUAGCUUUAAGUCUCUUGAAGAAUUGCAUAUUGUGCAAUGCUGUAGACUUGAGCCCCUAGCAGAGCCAGUGUUGCAAGGCUUGCACCCUCUCAAAAGACUGAAACUUUGCUGGUAUCCUAAGUUCAAAUUCUCUGCAGGAUAAUGUCAUUCCCAGUGAGCAUUCAAUGCCUUGGCAGUUUGAAAAAUUUAGAAAUUUAUGCUUGUCCUGAGUUACUGAAGCGAUGUGAGGAAGAAAAGGGGGAGGAUUGGCACAAAAUAGCUCAUGUUCCACGGCUUCAUAUGGAAAGCAGAACGUUCGUGCCCAGCGAAUUAAAUGAUACAAAUUUCUGUCAUUACAAUUAAAUUUUAAGUCUAAUCUCUAAUCUGACUAUAUUAAAAAGAAAUGCCAUGCUGCUUAGACUGAAUAAAAAGCAGCACUAUAUCCUAGUUUAUUUUAGUCCUUGGCUAAGUUUAUAGAUGUUCCAUUUUUUUUUCCUUUUCCAGAAACCAUAAUAUAUUUCUACGCAAAUGAGUUUGUAAUUAUUUUUAUUGUUCACAGGUAUUUUUUUAUUAGAGGUAAUCCUGCUAAUGAAUCGGACUCUGAAUGGAUGAAGACUGUCUCUCUCCAAGACAAUUGAGGACUUCAACGAUGAAAAUUCACUUAUUUGGCGCUUCCUGCUGGUGCCUUAGGAUUUCACAGUGCUUGUUCUUUCUAGGAAAGUUGGCAAUUAAAUUUCUCCUUCGUUUCUAGCGCCUUGUUGAAAUGUGGAACUAACGCCUACCCUAAACUUGCAUUGUUCGGAAUCCAUCUUUGUAUAGUGCAUGGUGCAGAUAAGUUUUUACUCCUUUUAUAUUGUGCAUAAGCUUGAGAGAAAUUAAUAAUAUGUAUAUAUAUAAGCUUGGAAUG